AUGCAAAAUACACAAAAAGAUAUUAUCAAAAAUAUUAUAGAGUAUUAUGAUGAUGAUUUGGAGUUAUGCUCAUCUUUUAGAAUUUCUAAUUUAAUAUUAGAAGAGGAAGAAGAUUUUGAUGUCGAUAGAAUAAUUUAUAAGAUUUAUAACUUCGUCAUCCCAAGUAGUGUUAAUGACUUUUUCAAUAUGAAUGCUGAAAAAGAUCCGGAUGUAGAAAAUUCAGUAAAGGCAAAAGCCGAAUCCCAUGAGUUGUUGUUAUGCAUCACCCAAAAUGGAUUAAAAGAUUGGUUACCUUUAGACAUUAUGACAAUAAAUGAAUUAGGAUCAUAUAUCAAAAUAACUCAAAAUAAAUUAUUAGCUGAAAGCCAUAUUGACGAACCAGAUGAAGUAAUUGAUGCAAAUAGCUUGUAUUAUAAAUUAAAGUCGUUGUCAUCAUUGAUUUUAAAUGAAAACUUGUCAACAAGUGAUUUGCAAACUGAAUUUCAACAAGUGCUUGGAGAUCUAGAUAUAGAAAUAGGUUUGAUUGAUAUCAUAAAUGAAAUCCAUGUGCAAACCAAUUUAGUUAAUAAACGUGUUUCUUCAGUAAUGUAUUUGGUUAAAAGGUCCAAAUCAAUCAGUAAUAUUGGAGGAUUGAUGAGAGUUAAAGAAAAAAUGAUAAGAAUUGUUAUUGAACAAUUAAAACAUUUGAUGGGUGGUAAAGUUGCUAAUUUCGUAGAAAGUUUUACUUUUCUUACAGCUAUUACAUUAUACAAUUUUUAUCAUACAUUUAAAAACAUUUAUGAUCUUUGGGAUCAAUUUAAAAAAUGUGACGAAUUGAGUAAAUAUCUAUCAGAAAAAAAAGGCUAUUUUAAAAUUUAUUUAAAUCAGGUAGAUUAUUGUAUUAAAAAAAUGUUAAAAUCAUUAAAUGAUGAUGAUGUUAAAUAUGAAG